UGAAAGAUAACUGCACACUGUCAGCUGGUCACCUGCAGAGAUAGGUGAUAUCUGUCAUCAGUCCCAGGUCUGUAUUGUGUGAUCUGUCCAAACAUGGAUGCCUCAUUCGUUCAGGAUUUAUCGAACAUGUCUUACGACUAUGACGCCGACUGCACCAACAGCUCAUGCGUGGAGCAGAGACCCCUGGCAGGUCCGAUUGGGGUUGCCCUGUUAAGUGUGAUCGGUUUGGUGGGCAAUCUGAGCAUAAUUUAUUUGGUGCUGCGAUACAAGAAACUCCGGAAUCCGCCCAACAUCCUUAUCAUUAAUCUGACGGUCGGGGAUCUCCUGUACAUCCUCAGUGCUGCCACCUUCUUCAUUGAGAAAGAGAUCUCUCCAAGCUGGGAGGCGGGUCUCUUUACUUGUAAGAUGAAGGCGUACGUGGAGGAUGUGGGUCAGAGCAUGUGUGUCUUCUCCUUGGCGGCGCUCAGCCGAGAGAGGUACUUGGCUAUUGUCUGUGGGAUUGAGAACCGUCGGAGAAGGGGUUCCUGCUCGGCUAACAGUCUCUGUGCUGUGGCUGUAGUCCUUACCGCCUCUUUGCUGCUUGGCAUUCCCUCCCUGGUCAUUGCAAGCAAGCUCAGCAGCACACAUUGCAGUCAGUUCCCCGAGCACGAGGCCUCUAAGAAGGCCUUCGUCACUCUGAGGUCCGUAUUAGGUUACGCGUUACCUCUCGGCAUCGUGAGCUUCUACUACGUCCGCAUUGCGCACUCGCUGUAUCAAAGCGUGGAGCAGUUCGACUACACGGAGAGCCACGCGCAGCAGAGUCGGUUACGAAAGCGCCUGGCUGGUAUUGUCCUGCUCAUCACGGUGCUGUUUGCUAUCCUAUGGCUGCCGCAUUUCGUCCAUCUUCACGUCAGGGCUUACACGUCCCCCGAGGUGAUUCCCCUUCUCCCCUACCCGUCUUACAUAGACUACCUGAGGAUCAUUGGCUUUCUGAUGGCUUUGACGAACUCCUGCACAAACCCUUGGAUUGUCUUCGUCAUGAGCUCCACCUAUCGUCAGCACUGCUGCCUCUUCCGAUCCCUGUGCAACAGGCAGCGUUUUCAUCGUGGUAGUCAGGGUACCAUGCGGCUUACAACUCUCACAGGGACGACACGACGGACCAGCGCGAACGUCUCGCAGAUGUCCCACGUAUAGCCAAGGCUUGUUUUUCCUAUCGAGCCACUACAUGGUAACUUAAAGUGUAACACUUGAUGUCUCUGUAUAGAUUAAUGACCUAAUCCAUGGCAUAAUCGUAGGACUUGUUUUCUUAGGCAAGACACUUUGUCACGGUAAUUGUGUCAUAAUAGUCCACAACUAUUAUAGUGUAGGGCUCGCUGGGUGUGUGAAUAGACGGAUAACGCGAAGAUUGAUCAGAGUAUUAUGUACACUUAUAUUCAAUGGGCUGGAACUGAAAUGAAGAUAAGAUUGAUGAUUCACAGGUGUAACGAUCAUGUAGGCUAAAUUAAGCCCCGGGCACCUUGUUCUUGACUGUCUUCAAAUUAAUAUUUUAUUGACAAAGAGUACUUAUAUAUAGUUAAUAAUAAUGUACGUCUUGCUAAAUAAAUACUUGCGUUUUGCGUUAAUGAAAUUCAGCCUCGUUACAUCUUCAGUCGAAUCGUAAAUCACCCAGCUUAAGAGGCUUAACAUCAUACUGUUAUUCGGCCAUUUCUGCUGGCUAUAGAGACAAGUGAAUGUAAAUAUAAAUUGAAGCAGGUGUUUUUAAAGAGAGUUAUUAUAUAUGAAAUACUGUAUGUAUAUAUUGAUGCACACAUUCAAAUGUAAAUGUUGAAAUUAUUAUUGUUUAUGACGUGAUAUUGGAAUGUAUUGUACACCUGUACACAUUAUGAAUGUUGAAAUCAUAUUUGAGGACUGGAAAAGUGUAAAGUGUUUGUUUGGUCUACAUCUCACCCUAUUAUGUUUUGUAAAUGAAAAUGUGAUCAGUAUUACCACUUUAUACAGACGUUAUAUCACCACAACUGCAUUAAGUUUAAAUGAUAAUCGAUGAAUCUUUCGUACAAAACUUUGAUUGGUACAGGCGCAUGAGAAAAAAACAAAAAAUCCAAAAGCAUUACUUUAAUUAAACAACGUGGGCUGAAGUAUGUAAUAACAUGUUUGUGAUCUGAAGUGACAAAUCAGAGCGCUAAAAAAGUGAAUUUGUUUAAGCCUCGAACCUAUAACAGCGUGGGUUACAUUUCGAGCUGUUUCUGCCACAAUGCUUCGUGCCAUAACGACAGCGGUGUCCCGUAAACGCGCAACGACGGACGCGCUCGAUCGAAUUUGCAUAAUCACCUGGUCCGAUUCCUGGCCUUUACUGGAGCGAUAGUCGACGGCUGUUUCCUGUGCAAGCUCAAGCUUGACCCAACCCUUAACUUGCAUCAACUGGGGGGGGGGGGGGUUGCCCGGUUGACUAGACUUCAAUGAUUGCCACUGUCAGUUUCACCAAAUUGCUGGUCAUAUUUCUGGAAUGAUUAAUGCACGGGAAUGAUUUCACUGACAUAUCUCCGGAUGAGACUGACAUUUUCGUCGGUAUUUUUGGCCCAAGCCAAUUAUUGGAACUCAUCCAUUGUGACAUUAUCGCGUCAACAUUUUCGUUGGACUUUGGUCCAAAAA